CGACGAGGCCGAUGUUCGUUCAUCCUUGCAGACCACGGUGUUUAUUGCACGGAGUUUGUACAGGUAUGUGAUUGCAGACAGUGAGGUUUGAUGUAGAGGAUAGUCAUUUCUGAUGAGAAAAAUAGAUCACCUCUGACCUGUAGGCGUCGAAUGCCCUCAGCAGACUUCCAAAGCGGUUCGAAGGUGAAAUCGCGCCAACAACUUAAUGCUCUGUGUACCAGCCGACGGAAGGUCUUAAUUUAUUUGAAGGCUUUUAACGUUUGCCUUUGUUGUUAAAGGAAUGAAUUCGAUGUUUCUUAUUGACAAAACAGUUUUCCUACCCUAGUAGCUUCAGGAAAAUGCUGAGGGUAUUGUAAUAUCAGAGUUUGAGAUACAGAUCGCAUUAUAUAUUGCAGCUUCAUUUUACAAGUGGAAAACGAAACAGUAUGGGUAUUUAUAUGAAUAUUUAUUGGUUUUUGGAGUCUCAUCAAUAUGCUUGGAGAAUCGCAGAAUUCAAUAACGUCAGCUGACAACCUCUCAGCUGAGAAUUUUGAAAGGUAAUCAUUAAUUUUCCGACAUUCUAUUUGCGUGCGCCCGCUUAUUUCAAGUCAGAUGAACCGUGGAAAAUCAAUGACAUGAUUAUAAUUCAAGUUGCCCCAGCUCGUAGAUAUGGUGGAGUUUUAUUGACAUACCUAAAAACGGAACUAAUCUCGAUUAAGUGGCUGAAAUAAGGAAUGAGAGAAAAUAUUUAAUUCUGAGCAUUCACCUACGAGAACACGUGUUGUAACCGGAAAAAGUUGUAGUAGCUCAAUUGUUUUAUGCACUCUAUUUAUUUAGCAGUUAAUGAAUGAGGCUGAGUAGGAUAUGAAGAAUUAUGCAGAUCAAGGAGGGUGCUAUCCACCAAGGCCGACAGCCAAGGUGGAUAACACCCUCCACGAUCUGCAUAAUAUUCCUUGAGCCCGAAUGGGCUCUGAGUCAAUAGCCCAUGAGGCCGAAGGCCGGAUGGCAUUGAAUGGGCUCUUGACUCAGAGGCCAUGAGGGUGAGCGGAAUAAUUGUUUUAGUAAAAUCCAACUAGUUGGUCAAAAAUAUUGAGCAUAAAAAAAAUUUAGCUAGUUAAAACUAGACUUAAAUCCUUUUUUGCCGCCAAAAAGCCUGCGCUUUUCGCUACUAGGGGCCUAUAACACAUAUAGCCUAGUAGUAGCUCAACCAAUCAGAACGCAGUAUUGAGAAUAGACCACUAGUUGGAUUUUACUAAUUUUCUUUAUAUCCUAUGAAAGCCGAAUUCAUUAAUUACUUUAUUAUUCAUUCAAAAUAAUUGCUAGUUUGAAAACAAGCUAAAACACGCUUACCUUCGUCAAUGUUAAGCUCACCUCGAUAGUGCAUGUUUAGAAGAUAAAGGGCUGUUCAGGUCUCCAAAUGGCAGAUGUUGGCCGUCAAGUUGUCUUCUUGCUAUGUUUCUAGACAACAGUUCAUCGUGAAAUGAGUAAAAUGUUCCGCCAACUGUUCAGCCAUUUUUUUUCACAGCCAAAACAACUCAACCUCGUCCCCAGGUCUUCUUGGUUAAUGGUGCAUUAACCUGCGACAGUGCUGCACUUCUGACAUCAUCGGUUGAUUAAUCGCAAAAUUCUUCCAAAUUUGGUCAACAGUAGCUGGUUAUGGCGAAUUAUGCUUGUUCUUUUAGCCAAUCAGAGAUGGAGAAAUAUUUUGAAUGAAUAAUAAAUCUGUUUACUGAUGACUGCCUAUUCAUUUCUGGAAAUUGUGAUCGAUAACAAAUUUUAGUUGGCAGACAUCUGUUAUGAAAUCAAACUGUAUUAUCUCCAUAGUGAUUCAAUUUUGCCCUGUUCCUAAUGCAGAUCAUUCACAGCAAGAACCUGUCUAAAAACCAUCUAGCACUAUGAGUCAAGCCCCUUAUCCACCUGGAGGAUAUGCCUAUGGACCAGGACAAGGAUAUCAACAACCAGGUUAUUACAUGCCGUGCAUGAUGUCAGGAACGAAAUUGAGGCAUAUAUGAGCUUACUGGGACUGGCUUAGGCCUUGUUUAUAGCACUAUGCAAAAUUUUGUUUCUUUUGCAAAAAAAUCUGUCAACAGGAAGCCAUGCUUUUCUUGUGUCAAGCGACUGUGCGCUAGCAUGCGCUGUGGCCCUGGUAGCUAACUUUUGCAGCCGGUCAACUAGAAAAUCUUUUCAUAGAAAUCGUCUGCUGAGCACCCUGAGAGCAUUGGGCUCCCUACAAUUUUUCUUAGAGCACAGCCAUGAAUUAUUUUUAUUCACCUAUCAAAAUUUUCUCAACUGUCACCAAACUUCAAAGAUGCUGUCAAGAACAUUUUGGAGGCAGCCGAAAAGCCUGCAAUGUUUUGUCAGGCAACAAAAUCCUGUGUUCCUUGGUCUUCCUUGACAGCUAUCCUUCAUUGAGGCAUGUUAUUUCGCGAACAUGACCAAUUAAAGUUCCUUUAAUUGACAUUUCUGGUUAUAUGGAAAAGUUUGCUUGUCUCAGAUGUGAACAAGGUUGCAAAAUAAAAGAUUGGUGGUGAAUAAUUUCCAAAUUUUUUCAAAUGCUGAACUCCAUUUUUAGUCAGAGUGUGAACAGGGCCCUAUGUAAAAACUUGAUCUGUGCUGCUUUUUUAAUUUGUUGAAUUACAAGUGGCUGGCUGUCUAGUCCCAUAAAUUAUUGUUACAUUGUAAAUCUUUCCUUCCCCUUGAAGUCAGUUAAUGUCUCCUUUUCCACAAAUAUUGGAUUUAUGCAGGGUCAUUUCUUAAUGCCAUGCCUGCCUUACCUGACCAUAUGCAUUUUGCUCAUAUUUUAUCGUUAAUUUCCAGGUCAGCCACAAGUUGGUUUUGCCCCUCAACAGGGUUAUGGUCCUGCGCCCCCUCAGCAGCAAGGAUAUGGAUCUUUUAAUGUUGCUUUUGAGGGUAAGGACAAGGUUCAAGUGCUUUUUAACCAUGCCUUAAUGUUAUGUCAGUGUCUCUGGCACAAUUUGUAGGGUGUGACGGAAGUAGCUUCAAGCAAGUACAGAUCCCAGGGUUGGGGCUAUUUUGGUAUAACAAUGUUGGGGCGGUGCAAAACCUCUUUUUGUGGGUUGGGGAUGGGGGCUGUUAUCAGAUGCUAUAUGUGGAAAAUAACGUCCUCUGUUCUGUUCUGUUCUGUCCCCACCUGGCUGGAGGUGCGCCGGGCUGUUUUGAGGGAGUUCUUUUACUCUCAAAAAAGAUUAGAUUAUUAGUUAUUAUUAGUUUUGUCCCUCUGCCUCAUGAUCCUUGUUUUUGUUGGGGCAGGGUAGGGGAGUCCCUGAAGCUUCCUUCCCCCCCCCCACCCCUCUCAGACCCACCACUGGUUAAAGCAUCAGGGAGGCCAUGGUAGCAUACUGGUACCAAUAGAGCAAUGUAUGUGUAACUUUUGUCAUAAUUAUCAAAAACUGCAGGAAGAGUUGAUCGGCCCACAUACUCCGGAUCAGAUGUUCCAGCUCAGGACAUGUUUGAUAAUCAGUUUGCCAAGGCUCCAGUUCCUUCUGCUCCACCUGCUGAUAUGUUUGCACAAUACUCUGGUUAUGAAAAUACAAGGUUUGGUAAGUAACAUUACAUGUAUUCAACCUAUUAUGUAUAUUUGUCGAUCUAUUUUUCAAUGUUUUGUUAUUAUGCUGUUUAGUAACUACAUUGUAUUUAUAGCUAGGAAUGAAAGUAGUACUGGCAUGUAAUCCUUCGUUCACAAGCCAGAUUGUUUUUUUUGUUUGUUUGUUUGUUUUUUAUUAUUAUUUUCAGGCAGUUCAUUUGUGCCACCUCCACCUCCUUAUGUUCCUCCACCCUCCUCGGAGAUGCCAGAGCAGCUCUUCCAACAGUGAGUUUGUUUUCUCAGAAUACUGUGAACACCUGAAUAAAGAGCCAUUUACAACAAAGAUCAGUAGACGUACAAGCAAACUGCAAACUUAUUGCUGCACUUGCUUGCAAUUUUGUUUUCUCAUGCCUGAUUAGUUUUUCUUUGCAACACAAUAACAUUUCAGAAUAUAAAAAAUCAUUUAAAUAAUAAUAUUAGUUUAAAUUACUUUUCCUUUAUUUGGUUUGCAAGUCACAGAAUCAUUUAGAAGAUGCAGAGCCAGAGUAAAAUAAAAAUGUUCUAAAUGCUUUAAUUCUUCCAACUGGAUCUUCAAUUCUGCUGAACUUGUCACUCCACUCACAACUCUAUCUGAUUUUUCAUUCUCACUAGCUCUGACUUCUUCAUUAGCAACAUAUAGUUUUAAGGGAUUCAAUCAACUUAGAAAUAAGUAGAACAAAUAAAUUGGCUGUUCCUUAAUUAACAGGUCAACUGCUAUAAGUGAUGAUCAGGCUCGUGAUGCCAUGCUUCAGUUUGUUAGUGAACAUUGCUGUUAUGGAAAGACCCCAGCUCAGGAAAUGGUGAUUAAGGACAUAGUUCCUUCAAGUGCGUACCAUGUAAGCUCAAUGGAAAACAAUAAAAUAAAUUAAGUACGUAUUUAUUUAAUCCCAUUCACAGUCGUUGAGGAUGGAAAAGGUGGAACAUAAUUGAAAGCUAUAGCCUUGUGAAGAACAUAUGACCCUUACUAAUAUACUUGCUUUAUCUUCAACAAUUAAAUCACUAAGAUUGGAGGUUGUACUUUUUUGUGAAUGGUUAUUGUAUUUAUUCUUGACCAGAUUUUAUGUUUUUAGUAUUCUCUUGCAAGCUUCUGUGAGUCACGGAAAACUGAGUGGCAAUAUGAACCUUACAGAGGUAAGCGUCAAAAAGACUUUAUUAAUAUCAUAAAUCUCCCCUUCUAUUCCUUGUUGGCUACUAAAAAAAAGUUCUGGGCCAGCUCUGGAAGAAACAUAUUUUCAAAAAUAACUGAAAAUUUUGGAAUGAUGUUUUUGGGACUAAACUGGUUUUUCCACAAAGAGCAUGUUUUCCUCUCAUUGUUGCCUUUUUCAGCUCUGGUUGUAGGCUAAUGGAAUUCUUUGGAGGUGAACAAUUUGACAUUAUUGAACAAUCCUUGCUAUUGUUAUCCUUGUACCUUAGUUUAAAGUAUAAGAUUCAGAGCAAAAUAAAUGAGCACCUUUCUCAGGGAGGAUGUUUAUAUCCACUGAGGCCAAAUAUAUUUUUGUUGAUAACCUGUUCACUUUUGGGUCUAUGAGUGUUUUAGACACCAUGUCAUUGUUAGUUUUCAAGUACCAUUUUGAUUUACUUUCAGGACAACCUAUUGACAGUCCAGUCAAUGGCCCCGCCCCUCUCCCAUGGAACAUUCCAGCUCAACCACAACAGAUGUUUUCUGAUUUUCAAACCAAACUGGAGGUUCCUCACACUGCAAAUAUUAAGGUACUAAUGUGUAAUUCCUCUACAGACACUUUCAAAUGCAAGCCCCCAAAAAUAAACAAUUCUGUUAAUUUUCAUUACAUGUACCCCAAAAUUGCACAAAUAAAGUGUACUGCAUUCAAGUUAACUAUCUCAGAUCUCAGUGGACAAGCCCACACAUAGCUUUCAUAUGAUAGAGCUUAGUCUUUAACGUACAAUAACCUCAACACAUCCAAGGUAUCUAUAUUCUAUCCAUCACUUGGCACCUUACUUAAAGGUGAGAAGUAAUUCACCCUUUAAAACCGUAAGAUCAAAAUUAAAAUUCUCAUUUGUUGCCCCUCUUCAUUUCCUACAGAAGUAGUGGGGAGAAGUUGAUAAAAUAUCAAGCAAAUUCAUCUCGUGUGAUCAUGUUUGUAGUUCUCAUGACCACUCUGUUUCACAAAGCAUUGAUAUUACAAGGGGAAAUUUGAUGCUGGGAUUGCCAUCACUAUUAAGAGAGACCCUGGGUCAAGGUUUCUGUAUCUAAUCAACUGCAUCAGGCAGCUGUGGUAAAGACAAUUAAUGCAAAGUCAAAUGAGAAUGAGAAAGCAAAUUGAAAGGACUGAACAUAUUAGCUGCAGAACUUAUUAAUUUUGUUGCGGCAUGAUUCUACAGGUAGAUGUAUAUCCAAUACAGAGGCUUUUUAGUUACCAGUAUUCCUCCAAGAUGUCAUUUUUCUGUUAUCAUAAAUUAAAUAAAAUAUUCAAUUUUCAACCAUGUCAUGACUGUCUUGCCGUGGGCUACAUACGAUGUUACAAGUGCUGUGGCAGAGGAAGGGUGCGUACAUUAUAUAACCGAUUAUGGUCUAAAAAAAGCUUGUAUGAAACUGGCUGUAUCUUUGUCAUGUAAUAGUUCGCAUAGGGUUACUGUGAUAAAGUUUAUUAUUUUAUUUGUUUCUCUUUGUCUUAAACUGCAAUCCAUCUCCAUCGACAGCAAAAGUUUACUUGGUGCUCUUUUUGUCUCUUCCCCGUUUUCCACUCAGUUUUGAAACUGCUCUGCCUAAGUGCACGCGUUGCCUGCAAAAACAGCCGUGCCUCCUUGCUCCUCACGGCAAGGUGAGAGGAGAUGAGGCUGUUUUCGCAGGCUACGAUCCUGUCAGCCACUCAGGCUUGUAAUCACAGCUACUAUAACCUCACCAGUUUUUUAAAGGCUUUGGUUACUUGGUACACGAACUGACUGCUUAUCUCUUACAAUUGAUUGAAAUGUUUCUUUCUGUUGCCAUUAUGAUGUUAAGUUGAUUUUGUUUGCUUGUAGCUACGAUGUUCCAGAUGCCAGGGCUCUGGUUUUGUACAAGAAGGAAUGGAGCAAGUCCAGUGUAACAUCUGUUUUGCCAGAGGAUGGAAAAUGUAGGUGACAUCAAUUUAGUUGGGAAAAGAUAAAGUUAUUUUCUCUCUUCAAAUCCAAAACUGUAACUUUGUUUCUUGGCUAAUUUUUGUCAACAGGUGUGAUUUAUGUAAUGGACAUGGGCGUGUGAAGUGUUGGACCUGUAUGGGAAAUGCCCAGUUAAAAACUUUCAUUGAGCUGACUGUUAAAUGGUGAGUCAUCUUAAUUUUUACAUUAUGUAAUUUGUUUAAAUUAGAAGUGACAUAAAUUAUUACUAUUUUGCUGACACGGAACAGAGAGUCGGGUUCUAAGUGUAGCGCGCGAGGGAUUGCGGUUAAGGGGUUUGAUUUAGUGACUGUUUAGUUAUGCGUGCCAUUCUCUGGUCGGCCUCGCCGCGUCAACUUGCUUUGUUUGGUUUAGUUUUUGCUUAAUUCUGUUAGCCUUUAUUUCGUUACCAUCUGUACUGGUCCCUAUGUUCCUUAGCUAUUUUAUUUAGCAUCUCAUUUUCUGCUCGUAUUUUAUUAGGCUUUAUUUUAUUUGUUUUGCCUUAUAACCCUAAAGGCGACGCCAUAGCAUAGGUUGACUCCCUUUUUUUCCAGUACUUGGUUGUUUUUGGUUUACGAGUCUGGCUGUGGUGUGUUCUUAGAAUAAUAUUAUUACUUUAAUAGAGGAGUUUUUCACGUGAGUUAAUAAAGUAUUUCAUGGGCCUGGCUGACAGAUGCACCCAUGGCUCCAAGUGUUGUUUUGUGUGUUUGGUUGUGUAGUGGAGGCAAAAUACUUUAGAUUUGCUUUCCAGUCUUUUUAACUUCGUUUCAUGAUCACUUCCUUAAGUAGCCGAAGCAAAAAUGCAACAAUAUUUAAUACACUUUCCAAAAUGCUGAAAAACAAACAGUUCCAUGUGAACAUACUGCUAAGGAAGCUUCAUUUGAAGUGUGACACUACUGGAUUUUGAUGAAAGACUCAAAAGUACGAGCCACUUUGUAGAGCGUAAUUAACAGUACCAUCGGAAAGUAUUGGCAAAGAGGUUUUUAUUUUGGAUGGGCACACUACAGGAAUUUUUCACAGUCUCAAAAAAAUAAGAACCACCUUGUACAGCAUAAUAAACAUUACCAUGACAGGAAAGUAUAACUGCUCAGUAGCUUUCAUGUGAAUGGUAUUAAACACUGUAGGAUUUCAUCCAUAUACCCAAUAGUAAGAACCACCUUCUACAGCAAAAUAAUUAAGUAAGUGAACAGUACCACGGGAAAGUACUGCUCAGUAGUUUAUUUUUUAUUUAUUUAUUUACAUUUUUACAGGGAAAACAACGUGUCGCAUCAUGUUGUUGGUAGAACAGAACAGCUUCCUAGUGAACUCAUCGUCAAUUCCCAAGGAACGGAGAUAUUCAGUCAAGAGCUUCCUCGGGUCAGUUGUGCUUAUUAUUUUACCCAACUGGACUCAGCUGCUUCGAAGGUUGAUAAUGCUGUGUACUGGAUUAACCUCCAUUUUGUGGAUUGGUCUUUAGCUAGGUGCCAGUAGACGAAACACAGUCCCAACAUUGUUGAGCCAACAGGUUGUGUCCGUUUGCAUAUGUUUGACUGGUUUCAAACUUUGCACAACAACUCCCAACAACACGCAACAGAAUGUAACAGUGCGUGCAAAUGGACACAACAUGUAACAUCCAACAAUGUUGGGAGUUGCUGGCCAACAAUGUUGCGUCCGUUUGCACCGAUGGCAACAGGAUUGUCUUAAAAGCAAUAGGUUUAAAUUCGAGACAACAACAAAAACUUUCCAAAUGUAUCGCCCCUUUUUUCUACAUUUCUUUACUGUCGAUGCACGUUUUCUCUAGGAGUCUGCAGAACGUGAACACAUGACAACGAUUUUAAUUUUUUUUUAAACUGACAUACAGUCCUUUAGAAUUCAGUUCCAGAAAAAUUCAUCACUGAACAUUUGACAUAUUAGACAACAUGGAACAUGGCCGAACACAUAUCACUAGCGAUAAGUGUUUCCCAGAAAGGAGAACACAUAUCACUAGGGAUAUGUGUUUCUCAGGUGGGGGAACAAAUAUCAAUAGGGAUAUGUGUUUCCCAGGUGGGGGAACACAUAUCACUAAGGAUAUGUGUUUCCCGGGUGUAGGAACACAUAUCACUAAGGAUAUGUGUUUCUCGGGUGGGGAACACAUGUCACUAGGGAUAUGUGUUUUCCCUGAUGGGGGAACACAUGUCACUAGGAAUAUGAGUUUCCCAGGUGGAGGAACACAUAUCACUAGCGAUAUGUUUUUCCCAGGUGGGGGAACACAUAUCACUAGCGAUAUGUGUUUCCCAGGUGGGGGAACACAUAUCACUAGAGAUAUGUGUUUCCAAGGUAGAAAAACACAUAUCACUAGGGAUAUGUGUUUCCUAGGUAGGGGAACACAUAUAACAAGGGAUAUGUGUUUCCCAGGUGGGGAAACACAUAUCACUAGGGAUAUCCGUUUUGCAGGAGGGGGAAACACAUAUCACUAGGGAUAUGUGUUUCCCAGGUGGGGAAACACAUAUCACUAGGGAUAUGUGUUUCCCAGGUGGGGGAACACAUAUCACUAGAGAUAUGUGUUUCCAAGGUAGGGAAACACAUAUCACUAGGGAUAUAUGUUUCCCAGGUACGGGAACACAUAUCACUAGGGAUAUGUGUUUCCCAGGUGCGGGAACACAUUGUGUUUCCCGAGUGGGGAAACACAUAUCACUAGGGAUAUGUGUUUCCUAGGUGGGGGAACACAUAUCACUAGGGAUAUGUGUUUCCCAAGUGGGGGAACACAUAUCACUAGGGAUAUGUGUUUCCCAGGUAGGGGAACGCAUAUCACUAGGGAUAUGUGUUUCCCAGGUGGGGAACACAUAUCACUAGGGAUAUGUGUUUUCAGGGGGGGGGAAACACAUAUUACUAGGGAUAUGUGUUUCCCAAAUGGGGGAACACAUAUCACUAGGGAUAUGUGUUUCCCAGGUAGGGGAACACAUAUCAUUAGGGAUAUGUGUUUCCUAGGUGGGGAAACACAUAUCACUAGGGAUAUGUGUUUCCCAGGUGGGGGAACACAUAUCACUAGGGAUAUGUGUUUCCCAAGUGGGGGAACACAUAUCACUAGGGAUAUGUGUUUCCCGAUUCCCAGGUGGGGAAACACAUAUCACUGGGGAUAUGUGUUUCCCAGGUCAAGGAACACAUAUGUCUAGGGAUUUGUGUUUCCCAGGUAGGGAAACACAUAUCACUAGGGAUACGUAUGGUUGACGGAAGAAAACAAGUAACUACAUAAGUAUAUCCCAGGUGGGGGAACACAUAUCACUAGGGAUAUGUGUUUCCCAGUUGGCGAAACACAUAUCACUAGGGAUAUGUGUUUUCUAGGUGGGGGAACACAUAUCACUAGGGAUAUGUGUUUCCCAUGUGGGGGAACACAUAUCACUAGGGAUAUGUGUUUCCCAGGUGAGGGAACACAUAUCACUAGGGAUAUGUGUUUCCUGGGUGGGGGAACACAUAUCACUAAGGCUAUGUGUUUCCUAGGUGGGGGAACACAUAUCACUAGGGAUAUGUGUUUCCCAGUUGGGGAAACACGUAUCACUAGGGAUAUGUGUUUUCUAGGUGGGGGAACACAUAUCACUAGGGAUAUGUGUUUCCCAGUUGGGGAAACACGUAUCAUUAGGGAUAUGUGUUUUCUAGGUGGGGGAACACAUUUCACUAGGGAUAUGUGUUUCCCAGGUGGGGGAACACAUAUCACUAGGGAUAUGUGUUUCCCAUGUGGGGGAACACAUAUCACUAGGGAUAUGUGUUUCCCAGGUGGGGGAACACAUAUUACUAGGGAUAUGUGUUUCCCAGGUGGGGGAACACAUAUCACUAGGGAUAUUUGUUUCCCAGGUGGGGGAACACAUAUCACUAGGGAUAUGUGUUUCCCAUGUGGGGGAACACAUAUCACUAGGGAUAUGUGUUUCCUAGGUGGGGGAACACAUAUCACUAGGGAUAUGUGUUUCCCAGGUGGGGGAACACAUAUCACUAGGGAUAUGUGUUUCCAGGUGGGGGAACACAUAUCACUAGGGAUAUGUGUUUCCCAGGUGGGGGAACACAUAUCACUAGGGAUAUGUGUUUCCCAGGUGGGGGAACACAUAUCACUAGGGAUAUGUGUUUCCCAGGUGGGGGAACACAUAUCACUAGGGAUAUGUGUUUCCCAGGUGGGGGAACACAUAUCACUAGGGAUAUGUGUUUCCCAGUUGGGGAAACACGUAUCACUAGGAAUAUGUGUUUCCUAGGUGGGGGAACACAUAUCACUAGGUAUAUGUGUUUCCCAGUUGUUGAAACACGUAUCACCAGGGAUAUGUGUUUUCUAGGUGGGGGAACACAUAUCACUAGGGAUAUGUGUUUCCCAUGUGGGGGAACACAUAUCACUAGGGAUAUGUGUUUCCCAGGUGGGGAAACACGUAUCACUAGGGAUAUGUGUUUCGUAGGUGGGGAAACACAUAUUACUACAACAACAACAAACAACAACAUAAGCUUUAUUUGCAUGACUAUAAUUAUGUAGUUACAGUAUUGCAAAAGCUUUAAUAUAAAAAAAAAAAACAAACAAACAAACAAACAAAUCAUAACAAUGAUAAUGCAAUGAUGACUGUAGUCAAUCAAGUGUCAUCAGCAUGACUUGAUAACAAAUUAUUACGUAAAUCAUUACAUAAUGAGACAAAUUUCAACAAAUGUGAAUUUACGGAAAAAUUCUGUGAAUUCAUCAAUUUAAUUAUUAAUUCUGUGUAAGAUAGCUGAUCAAAAUCGACAAAAUUUUGUUGGAUUUGAUCGUAGAAUUUCUCCCUUGGGAUUGAGUAUUUUGGACAAUGGAAGAGAAAAUGAAAUUCGUCUUCAAUUAUACCAGAGUUACAGAUAGGACAGAGUCUAUCGUUGCGGGAAGUUUGAUUAUAUCUUCCAAUUUCAAUCAUGAGUUUGUGGUUACUUAUACGAAUUUUCACUAAAUCUUUCCUAUUCGCAGAAUUUCUAAUUAAGUCUAGAUAACUUGAAAUUUUAUAAUCAUGUUUAAAUAAGCUGUAAAAUUGUAGUUUCUUAGAAUGAUGGAUUGUAUGUUGCCAAUAUGCAAUAUAUUUUUGUUUUAUUAUAUCUAUAUAGUGUUUGAUCUUAGCUUCACUUAAAUUAUUAGGAUCAAAAUCAGGGAGGUCAUAAUAGUCAGAUAUUUUCAUAAGAUUAUUGUAAAAGCUAUUUUUACCAUUACAGUGAAGUUCUAGCGAAGUACGAAAGGCUUGUUUAACAAUAGUAUCCUCGUUUUUACGCUGAAGAUACAAUAUGUAAUAAAGGAUGUUUUUAUAAAUAUUAAUAAUUAAUGGGAACCGUCCCAAUUCACUUCUACUUGCAACAUUUGAAGCUUUAUUGCUUAUUUCUAGGUAACGCUUGCAAAAUUUCAAGUGGGUUUUUUCAAUUACAAUUCAAUUACUAGGAAUAUGUGUUUCCUAGGUGGGGGAACACAUAUCACUACUGAUAUGUGUUUUCCAGGUGGGGAAACACCUAUCACUAGGAAUAGGUGUUUUCCAGGUGGGGGAACACAUAUCACUGUUGCUGGGGUAGGGGAACAGAAAGCGUUUUAUUGUACUUUGUUGCGUAUAUUCCAGGUCGCUGUAAAUGUCUAAUGUAGGGUCAUUUCCCUGGAGCUGAUUUCGUGGGAUUCGCACCCAAGUUUAAGAAGAGAAAGAAAAGUUCGUCGUCGCUUGUUUGCGUCCUCCAUAAAAUGUUAAAUUAGGCCUUUUUUGCCUGGUAGUCGUGCAGUAACGGUAAGGAAAUGCACGCGCAAACUUGUUGUUUGGCUUAAACCUUUUGCUGUUUUGACUUUUCCGUCGCCGUUGCGGUCGUCGUUGCUUAAACUUCCUAAUAACUUUAUUAACUUCUCCUUGCUGUUGCUUAAACUCAGGUUUGGCCGAUCAGUACCUUUUUUGACCAGCAAGUUAACAUGGGAUCUAAGAGACUCGUAGAGGAGCACAGCAAUAAGUGGCCAGCGAAACGCAUUCUUAUGCAGGUAAAUAAAUUGAAACAAAACAUUUCAUCAGCGGGAUAAGUCAGACUUAUAAUUCCAGGAAGACAAACAAAGAAACAAAACAAUACAAUCUGUGAAUUUUAUGCUGCCAAAGAUACAGUACCGUGUGUAGAUAUGGGGACAGGCUAAACUGAAUAUGGCUUAGAACACAGCGUUGUUUAUAAACUGAUUAUUAAUAAACAAGGAGUCUCGAAGGUUUAGCCGGGUGAAAAAGUGCUUGAAGGCUAAGGCUUAUAUUAUUGUAGAAAAAAGGGCUCGCUUUCUUCGGUUUCACCCCUACCCCAACCCCUGAUCUUUUGUCCGAGAUGAACGAACGAUAUCGUAAUUUUUAGAAUAUCUCAGCGUUUGAUUCGUCGUUAUAACUUUUGCGUCUGUCGACAAAAUCUUGUUUAGUCCCUGUACGGCGUCUUCCCAGGCCUUCUUGGUCAAUGCAUUUCGGUGACGUAUCCUAGACGAACGACCACGUGACGCGAAACGCAUCGGCCGCGCGCAAUAUCGAGGCCUAGGGACGAAGCAAGACAAAAUCCUAUACGCCACUUGCACAUGUUCCGUAAUGCACCUUUUUUGCCCCCCAAAGUUUUUAUAACCUUUGUUUUUCAUUUCUCCGGGUAUUACAGCUGUCCCAAAGAAAUUGAAAACAAUGCUUAUGCAAUUUUUUUUCUUGGGGGCGUAUGGGGGAUGUGCAAGUGGCAUAUAGUGAUCUCUUUGGGUGAACUUUUGCAUUGUACCAUUCAAAUCUUCGGAUUUUGCAAUUUUUUUUUCCUUCACCACCAUUUGGAGGGAAAUGAAGGACUACAGUGCAUAAACAAUGUAUGUUACUCUUUUUCUUUCAGCGGCACGUCCUGCGAGCUGUUCCCGUAUCUGAGGUCCAUUAUCAGUGGAAUGACUUUGCGAGUCGCUUCUGGGUGUUUGGUCAUGACCACAAAGUGUACGCACCUGACUACCCUCAGAAAUGUUGCUGCGGAUGCAGUAUUCUGUGAAGACGGAUGUUGCUGGAGCACAGGACGGCGACGCUAUUGAGUGGCGCUCCACAUAAUUGGUUGUCCUGUUAGAGAGAAGAAACUUCGCUGUGAAGAGUAAAAAGAAGAUAUAAUCGCGAAUACUGAAAGACUUUUUUAUUAAGAGAAAAGCCUUAAAAGGCAAUGUAAGAGUAGAUUUAUAUAUUCAAGUUUUCGGUAGAUGCACGGUAAUUUAAGAAAUUGUGCACUUGGUAAAAGUAAAGUAGGUCUAUAUUUUCGUUUAGCAAUUCUUAAUCUAAUGCCAAAAAGGCACUUUAGUAUGCGUUCAGUUGACCUUGCUAUAGUCGGUACGCAACUGUGCAUGUUGGCUGUACUUAAAGGACAUUAUAUUAGGUGCAUUUUAUAAAAGUAAAGUAGGUUUAUUGUCCAGUUUAUUAAUAGCCUGCCAGCAGGCUCACUUGUGCGAAUUCGGGAGAAUCCGCCAUCCAGCGAGGAAAAGUGACUUUGAAUUUCACUUUUGCUCGUUGCAUGGGAGCAGAAUUUUCCCCGAAUUCGCACAAGUAAGUCUGCUCCCAGGCUAGUUUAGGUUUUGAAGUCCAAAACUACGAUGGUAGUGUGCGUUUUAUUCAUAUUACUACAACAGACUCAUUAGUUUUGAAUUAGCUAGAUUCAUACUCAAUAACGGAGAAAUCCGUCCAAAUACGCAACAAUUCUUUGAUAUGAAUGCGGCGAAAAAAAGUUACGUACCUAAGAUUUAUUUGUGUACAGUGAAACUUCGCCUUGCGACCACCUCGGCAUUACGACCAUUUUCUUUCGACCCAAACGUUAAAAUCGCUGAGUCAUUUAAUUAGUUUGAACAACCAUGCGACCACCUCGUUAUUACGGUCUCAUUUUAAAGGGGUUCCACUGUAUUAAACUUCCCGUUAAAAGCUGCAAGAAAAAUAAGAUGGGUUUUGAAAUUUUCAGUGUCAUUUCAAAGCAAAUUUUAAUUCAACAGCUAUAGAUUUUUAUUGCUGAGCUUUUUUUCUUGAUAGAGAAAAGAGGCCUCUACCAGCCAGGAAUUCUUUGAUAAGAUGUUAAGAAUAAAAGUCGCAUUCAUUCACGUUACAUUCUUCUUGAUAUGUUAUAAAAGUUUUAAUUGUUAUUUAUUAUUACUGAUGAUGCUUUUUAUUGAUAGAGGACGUUUCGCGGCGAAAAUGUUUGUAUUACUUUAUAAAUAACUUUUUUUUACCAAAGGGGAAAUUUGUAUUCCUUAGACCUCUGUACUUCCUCCCUUCUCUGUUACAGUAUUACGCGACAUGUGUACUGUCGCACUUUGUAAUAAUCGUCGCACUUUGUAAUACCUGUCGCACUUUGUAAUAAAAUUGUCACACUUUGUAAUACCUGUCGCACUUUGUAAUAACACUUGUCGCACUUUGU